AUGUUGUUUGCAGCCUUGUUUCUCGUGCUCCAGACGGCCAUGGCCAUGGUUAUACGUGGAGUGGACACUGAGGUCAGAGCCGUUUGGUUGAAUGUGACUCAUCCCUAUCUCAAACAGAGGUUUCCUUCUGUAGUGACUACGGUAGGAUAUACUUUUGAUAACUACGACGAGCUAGUGGCUCUAGCAGACCAUGCUGCGGUUUCGAGCGAGAAGGAGCUCUGGGGCGACUUCUUGGGCGACUACGUCAGCUUCAAAUACGGUGGCUACCUCACGACUUCAUUCGACUACAAGCGUGAAGACGUCAAGCUGUAUGUCAUAGACCUUAUGGAGGGCGAUGUCUCGUACUUUCCGGGGAACCGGCUAGACGAAGUGUUGGAGACUACAACGAUCGAAAACUAUAAGAUCUUGUACCACAGUAUCAAUCGCUACGGAAAAUGGACCGGGCAGAUCUGGAGACUGGUCUCUAGAGCCAUUUUUGGCGCAUACUAG